AUGAAGCUCGUAACAUUCCACAAUGUAGAUCAAUUGCGCAGUAAACAGAACGACGGGACUACACAUAUAAGUUCACUGACAGGACUUUCCAGAGAACAAAUAUUUGAGAAAUACUCAAAAUGCUUUGACGGAUUAGGACGCAUAUCAGAUCCUUAUCAUAUCAAGAUCAAGCCUAAUGCAACACCUGUCGUUCAUCCUCCUCGUAAGAUACCUUCAGCACUGAGAGAACGUGUCCACAACGAGCUAACGGAUAUGGAAUCCAAAGGAAUAAUUAAGAAAGUGAAUGAGCCAACAGCAUGGGUCAACUCGAUGGUAGUUAAUGAAAAACGCUCUGGAAAGUUACGCAUUUGCAUCGAUCCACGUGACCUCAACAAAGCUUUCCUCAGAGAACAUUACCAGCUUCCCACCCAGCAAGAGAUUACCAGCCGUUUGACCAAUGCCAAAUUCUUCAGCAAACUGAAUGCAAACUCGGGAUUUUGGCAAAUGCCUCUUGACGAGGAGAGCUCUUACCUGACGACGUUUAAUACGCCAUUUGGUCGAUAUCGUUUUACUGUAAUACCCUUUGGAGUAGUGUUCGCACAAGAGGUGUUCCAUAAAACAGUACACGAGAAGUUUCAGCAUCUAAAGGGAUGCGAAACAGAUAUCGACGAUAUACUAAUCUGGGGACGGACACUGGAGGAACACGAUCGCAACCUGGAGCGUGUUCUCAAUCGUGUAGCAGACGUCAAUAUGACACUAAGCAAGGAUAAGUGCCAGUUUCGGCAAACCGAGAUAACAUACCUUGGAGAAACGUUAACAGCGUAUGGUGUCAAACCUGAUGAGAGCAAGGUUGAAGCAAUCAAGAACUACCCCAAACCAGAAAACAAGCAGGACGUCCAACGGUUGUUGGGCAUGGUUAAUUUCAUCGCCAAGUUUGCACCAAAUGUUUCGGACGUCACCGCUCCACUGAGAGAACUUAUAAAGAAGAACAUUGAAUUCCACUGGCAUGAAACACAUGAGAAAGCAUUUCAAGAUCUACAACAUUUACUAACUCAUCCUAAUACUCUCCGUUAUUACGAUGUAGCAAAACCAGUGAUACUCCAGGUCGACGCUUCACAGAAUGGCCUUGGAGCUGCUUUAAUUCAAGACCAGGGUCCAGUAGCGUACGCAUCAAAAGCCAUGAAUGACACACAACGACGUUACGCGCAGAUUGAGCUGCUAGCUGUCGUCUUUGGCUGCAAACGCUUCCAUCAAUAUGUCUACGGUAAAACCAUAACCGUUGAAAGCGACCAUAAACCCCUGGAAAUGAUACUCAAAAAACCACUAUCUCAAGCACCCAGUCGACUCCAGAAAAUGUUGAUGCAGCUGCAAUCCUACGAUAUAAAUCUGGUGUACAAGAAAGGAAGCGAAAUGUACAUAGCUGAUGCGCUCUCGCGUGCAUUUCCACCCGAGAUUAUACAUGAACAAUUUGAAGAAGACAUCGCGUCAGAAAGAUUUAUCCAUCUGAUGUCAUCAAAGUCUUACGUCACAGACCGGAAACUUCAAGCCAUCAAAGAUGAAAUCCGCAAAGACAAGACUAUGCAACUCUUGGUACAACAGAUACAAGACGGAUGGCCGCCUCAUAAGAUAUUGAUACCAACUGAGUUAAAACCUUAUUAUCCAGACCGUGAAGAACUGACAACGGAAGAUGGUCUUAUCUACAAGAGCCACAACAUCCUGAUUCCACCAACAUUGCAAGCUGAAACACUCCAGAAACUGCAUCAAUCACAUCAAGGUACUGAGAAGACCAAGAGACUGGCUAGAGAGAGCAUAUUCUGGCCAGGUAUGAACGCACAAAUAGAAGAAGUAGUGUCAAACUGCUCAACAUGUCAGUACUACGCAAAUGCCAAUCAACGAGAGCCACUCCAUCCACACGAUAUUCCCAGUCGUCCCUGGCAAAAAAUUGGCUCUGACCUUUUUGAUUGUAAUGGAAAACCACAUCUAAUAGUUGUUGAUUAUUAUAGCCGGUAUCCCGAAGUGGCUGAACUUCGAGACACGAAAGCACAAACAGUUAUUAACAUGACAAAGUCCAUAUUCAGUCGUCAUGGAAUCCCAGAAACUGUAGUGUCCGACAAUGGCCCACAAUACUCGUCGGAAGAAUACAGACAGUUUGCAAAAGACUAUAAUUUUUGCCACAACACCAUAAGUCCGAGAUAUCCACAGUCUGGUGGAUUACAUGAGAAGACAGUCCAAACAAUGAAGAAUAUUCUAAAGAAAUGCAAAGCUAACGGCGAAGAUCCAUACCUCGCGUUGUUAGAUUAUCGUAAUACCCCUAUUGACGGUGUAACUCCGGCGCAAGCACUAAUGAGCAGACGACUUCGAUCAACCAUUCCCACCUCUCAAAGAAAACUUAAUCCAAAGCUCAUCAACCGAACUACGUUUAAAGCAGCACGUCAACAACAGCAAGAACAGCAAAGAAAACACUAUGACCGCACAGCCAAGUCUUUGGCACCACUUGAAGAAGGAGAUAUUGUUCGAUUUCGUAAAGAUCCUGCAGCACCAUGGACUCGCGGAACGGUAACACGAAAACAUGAAGCACCCAGAAGCUACAUAGUAAAAGGGGAAAACGGGACAGAAUGCAGACGGAAUCGCAGACAUCUAAGAAAGACAAAUGAAGAAAUAUCUGAUUACAACACCACGGAUAUUGACGGUGCCCAAGUCCUAACACCACAACAACAAGAAGCUAGUAAAGAAAAAGACAACGUCUCAAAUCCUACACAAACUGAUACAAAUCACCAAGUGAAAACAAGUCAAAAUGGUAGACGAAUCAACCCAAAUCCAAUUUACAAGACUUGA